AUGGUGUCCAAAAUUGCCCGAAACCCAGGAGUCGCCGAAAGCUCUCCCAAGUUCGUGAAGCUCCUGAGCGACUUGCUAAUAGCUGAAGGCGAGGAUGCGGUGUUCGAGUGCAGCGUGACCGGCGAGCCUCGUCCCAGCGUGAUCUGGUACCUCAACAACGAGCCUCUGGUGGAAAACGAGCGCAUAAAAAUCACAAACGAUGUCGAAAGCAGUGGCAGUGUACUAAGGAUAUCACCGACGCAGCCCAGCGACAAGGGUAACUACACGGCCAAGGCGACGAAUCGCGUGGGCGAGGCCAAAUCAUUCGCCAAGCUCGUGGUGAAAGUGCUCGCUCAAGACUUUACCAAGCAGUUGAUGUCCAAGGACGAGCAACAGCUCAAGCUGAGCGUGCAGAUGGAGGAGAAACUCAUUGCCCCUUACUUCAAGGAAAAAUUUGAGAACGGCAGAUUAGUACCCGAGGGUGUAACCACGAAAUUCGAGUGCAUCGUCUGCGGCAAACCCGCACCUAAGAUUCAGUGGCUCUUCAACGAACGACCAGUGCACGGAAAAGACUUCCUCGUAUCCGUCAGCGGCGAUCGGCAGGUGCUAACAAUUCCGGAAGUAGGAAGUGUGCACGCAGGCACUAUUUCAUGCGUGGCCGAGAAUUCGUCAGGGAAGGCGAUCUGUGACGCAAAAAUCGAAGUUGGUGGAGGGAUCGAGGCGGAGAAGGGGUAUAUCGAAACAAUACCAGAGCCUACGGUGAACCUCGAGAUGCAAUCGUCAAGCAGUAGUGACAAGUACUUCGUGAGUGAGAAGACGGGCGAGGGUGGCUUAAGCAAUAACCAAACGAUCACCAAAACUACCUCGUCGAUCGUGGAAUCUUCAACCAUGCACACCUCGACGAAAAGGGAAUACAUCACGACAACGAAUUCCUCGACAUUGCCCAGUUGUCCAUUGCAUUCACCGUCCAAUGUGUGUGUUAAAAAGUCUUCACAUAGUUCUGAGCACUCCAAUGCUUUUAAUGGGGCACCACCUGUAGUCAAGUCGCAGAAGAUUGAAGAAUAUGAACGAAUUAUACAAGAAGCACCAGGUGAAAUACGUCAAGAAAAGACCGUCGUUGUUACUCAAGAUUCGGGAGGUACAACACAGAAGGAGUGCAAGCAUCAAGUACAAAUUCAAAAACCUUGUAGAAAGCAAACUGCUCCACGAUUCGUUUCCCCCGUCACCGGUAUGAUAGUUGACCAAGGAUCGGAUAUUGUUCUAGAAGGAAUAGUCGAUGGUUUUCCACUACCCGUCAUCUCAUGGACCAAGAAUGGUCAAGAAUUGUUGGCUAAGAACGGCAUGAAAUUGAGUUAUGAUCAUAAUCACGUCAAAUUGGAAAUAAAAGACGUGAAAGUCAAAGAUGCUGGUAGAUAUACAUGCACAGCACGAAACGAUAUAGGGAAUGCCAGCAGCACAGCAGAUUUGGUCGUAAAAAAGACAAUAUUUCCACCUGUCUUUGGACGACGACUCCAAGCACAAGUCGUUAAAAAAGGCGAUAGGGUAAUUAUGGAAGUCGAAAUCACUGGUACACCUGAACCUAGCGUGACAUGGUACAAAGAUGAUGAACCUCUUAUCGAAGGACCUGAUUAUAGGAUGAAACAACAUGGAAAUUGUUAUCUUUUAUUGAUAGAUAAAGCUGAAAAGGACUAUGCGGGUAAAUAUAUGGUCAGAGCAGCGAAUGCUGGCGGAGAAGCACAAAGUAUUGCUGAUUUUGCAGUGUUUGAACCAACACCUGAUACAAUGGUGGAACAGCAUAAAACUCUCGUUUAUGAAAAUGUUGCGGACAAAAAUGCGAAAAAAACUUGUUGCGGUCUACCUACUGAGAUACCUGGCGCAAACCUUACCACGGAGCAGAUUACAACAACGAUGAUUCAGCCUAGUGCUAACAUCAAAACACCAUUCCCUCCUACAUCCACAUCCUCUACAAUACGAACUAUCACAACUAACACAAAUGAAGAGUCACAAAAAGCAUACCGUUCAGAAAUGAUUUCAUCUUCAACCGAAUCACACCGUAGCGAAACCAAAUCAGAACAAAAAUUCCAUAUGAAACUUGAACAUAAACCUGCACCGUUUGACACUUCAAAAAGAGAAGAAAGUAAUUUUUCCCAGGAAAAAUCUCAAGUCUCCGAAAACGAAAAUGUUGAAACGUCUUCUGUAAAACGUAAAGAUGCUCUUAGUUUCUUUGAAUCCAUGUCAAAAAGUGGUGAUAACAUUUCAAAAGGACCAAGGGACAUGAUUAAAUUAACUGAUGAAGAUGAUGGAACCGGUCCUGGGUGUGAUGUAAGAGUUGAAAAUUUGACAAAAAAUUAUGAACGCACUACGAAGUUUGAAGAAGCUUCUCGUGAAAUCCCAAAAGUGAAUAAAAAAGCCGUGCAAGACGCUUUCGAGAAAUUUGAAAAAGGAACUUCAUCUCGCGGUGUAGACAAUACGAUGUUCAGCUUUCCUUACGAGGAAUAUAAACUGGCACCUUUGGAAUGCAAAAGGACUAUAUUGGAAGAUGUAACAGCAUCUGGCUCACCAAUCCAUGGUACCUUAACAAUUUCAAAAUUAGAAGCACAGUCGGAUAGUGCAGAGGCUAUGUUAAAUGGAUUUAAUCUUGUGCCUGAACCACCCCCAGAAAUCGGAUAUGCUCCAAAACCUGAAGAGCAAACAAGAACACGUCCCGAUGUUUCAUCAAAAGCUAAACAAUUACAAGAAUCGUUUGAAAAAAGUGCUUUCCCAGCUGAUGUACCUGUAGGUGGCGUUAAAAUAUUUCCAUCGGCACCAAAAACACAGCCAAAACCUCAAGAACCUAGCCCCACACGGCCACUAUCUAUUCCUCCACCUUUUGAACUUGAAUCAGAAAUGUGUGUCAAGAAAAGUGAAAAGAAAGAAUACGAAGGGUAUUCGACUUCCACGUCUACGGAAGCUAAAACAAUGGAAAAAUCAUGGGCACGCAAAAGUGCAGAUUCUAGUAAAAAGUCAUGGCCACCACAACAACCGCAAGAUACUUCAUCAUCAACAGUAUUUACCGACAAAAAAGAAUGGAGUCUUCCUGAACAAAAUUACAAAGUUUCUUCGUCAGAAUCCAAACAAGAAGUAGAAAUGAAGCCAGAAUAUCGCAUGACUCAAACUACCAUCGAAUCUUCAAACUUGUUGGAAAAAAAGUCAUUUGGAUCGAAAGAAAUUCGUGUGGAAGAGAAGAAAAUCGAACGACCUCCUUCGCCACCACCAAAGCCUAAGCCCAUAAUUUAUAAUGCAGAAACGAUUAAAGUGGAUCAUACUGUGAAUACUAUUGAAAAAAAAUCAGUUACAGAAAAAUACAUGUCUGAAUGUGAUAUUCAUAAAACAGAAAAUAAAGAAAAAAAAUUUGAAGCAGUUAAAAAACAGGCGUCCAGGCCAUGGCCUGAUGAUCAAGGUAUUGAUUUAAAAGCUCCAAGUUUGGUAAGGAGUGUCAUGGAAGGCAAAAAACCUGCAGUGAAAUUGUAUCAUCCAGCCAACCUCUCUUCACCAGUUUUGACGCCAGGUUCUCCUCCAGUAAUAGAUUAUGCUCCAAGUCCUUAUUUAGAAAAGAGAUACGAAAAGUCAGAAACAAUGGAAAGGAUGAGUAGGCCAGCACCAACAGUUCAAUCGAAAGCAACUGAAGAAUAUAUUUCAAAAGAAUACAAAGUAAGCACUCCCUCAGCCCCACCACAAUCUACGUGUUCACCGAGAAAAUACUCGAGAAGUUCAUUUUACAGUGAAAGUGAUUACGAAUCUGAAAUCGAUACUUCGAAAUCAAAAUUAUGCUCUUACGAAAGUGACUACGAUCAACGAGCAACCGGCUAUAGAAGGGUACAACCUCCUACACCUACCCCUUCUCAUAGACCCACAUCUACUGAAACCGACAUAAUACCUCCAUCAAAAUUUGAAUCGCCGUCAACUCUGUCAGGACCAGCUAGGCUAGGUGUAAGUUCUAGCUUGAGUGAGUCUAUAACUGAAAAAUCAUCUCAACUGUAUGAAAAAGAUUCUCGACAAUAUCAACAAAAGAACACUCAAGCUCAACAAUACGAAACAUUACCGAAACCUGGUUCACCUCCUGUUUAUGUUCAACCAACAAAAUCUUCUACGACGAAGACUUACAAACCCGAAUCACCAAAAUUUAAAACAAAAACUUAUCAAAAAGAAAGUGGAUACAUGGCUGACACUGAUGAACCAUUAAACCUUCAACAACAUAAAUCUUUCUCUGAAUCUAGCUCAUCAUUCUAUGAAUCAAAAUCUAGUUUCAUGGAAACCAAAAGUUACGAAAGCUCUCACAAAAAAGACAGUACCUCAUCCGCAUCCACAUACUCACAAUCUCAAUCCUAUUCUAGUUUACCUAAAACUGAGAUGCAACGAACUUCUUACGUUGAGAAGAUAGUUGAAAAGUCACCACAACCGCGAUAUAAACCAGAUCCUACUAAGGAGAUGACUCAAAUGAGCAAAGGAUCAUCAAGAUUGACUAAGGGUGAGUUUCGUGAAAGCGAUUACGAAAGUGACUAUGAUGGUAAUAGGAUAUCAUCGAAUUGGAAACCACAAUCAUCGUCUCAAACAUUGACGGAAUCAAAUUUAUCAUCUUUCAAAACAAUGAAAUCAUCUUUUUCUCGUUCAGGAAUCUCAACGGCAGCUCCUUCGACAUUUGAAGAAACAACGAAGGAGGCAGUCACUAAGAGAGAAACUGCUAAGGAAGAAAAACCCAAGCCCAAGUCGAUACUGCUUCCCGGUACUCCGCCAGAAAUGGCUUACGCGCCUCCAAGGCAAUCCUUUUACGAAGGACAAAAUAGCAUUCCAUUUCACAAUGCAAUAGGUACGGAAACGAAAAAGACCGUUCGUAUGGAUGAGUCAACGGAAAACACGAGAAGAAUCGUGACGGUCGAACAAACAAGUCGAGUAAUAAAGUUUGGCGAAAACCAGAUGCAACACGAAAUACAGCGUUACACAAGACCACAGGAUAAUCAACAGCAAAUGAAGAAAAAUUCAUUUACCAUUCCAACACCGACAAAGUUCGUCCAAGGUCAGUUUCGUGAAUCCGACUAUGAAAGUGAUGCCGAUACCAACAGGAUUCGGGCCAAGUGGGCACCCAGCGAAAGUGAGACCGAAGAGCCGCGAUAUCGUAAGGUGCAGCCACCCAGAAGUAAAGUUACCAAGUCACCCGUGAUCACAAUGCCAAGUGAAUCAGAAACGGAAAGAUCCGAGAGCGAAAGGCGAUACUCGUUUAGAGACACAACCAGGAGUCAGCAAGUCAUUGAUGAUCAUGAGCUUAAACCAGGCUCACCUCCAGAGUAUGCGUACGCAUCUGGACGCGAAUUUCAGAAGACUGCGAAUCACGUAGCCACGAAGCAUAUACAGGAUAUGACGAGUAACUUCAAAUCGAAAACAGAGAAAUUCUCAAGUGAUAUACAAUCUGAUUUAAAAAAGCGAAGUAAGCCGAUUUUGAAGCGCUCGACAUCCACGGAUGCAGGAAACGGUACAGAUGUCGGAGACGAUUCGAGGGCUUAUAGGGAAGAAUCAAGAGUGGCACAAUAUGGCACAAAGCAGAUCGAUCCGGACACGGGCCUGAUCUACUUCAAGUACGAUUUCGGCUACGAGUUUGGCAUAGUACUGCCAGGCGAAGGAAAGCGCACAGUAACAAGUAGCAACAAAAGUUACCAAGGCCAACGUAAGCCUGGAGAUGUCGAUGUGCCGAUCAUACACGAGUUUACGUCCAGCCGCAAGGAGAACGGGUUCAGCAAACCUAAGGCUAGCUAUCCGACGGCGCCUACGAACAAUCACUUUUCCUCAUCGACACUGCCUCGCAAGCCUGUCCCUAAAUAUCCUGGUAAAAGCGUCAAGUGGGAGCCAACCUCCGAGAGUGAAUACUCGGAGGCCGAGGAUUUCAUCACAAAUGGUGAUCGCAACAAAAUACCUCCAUCACCGAGUCUCUUGAUACCACCUUCGCCAUCGCCUAGGUGGGACCCGACAACCCCAAGUCCAGCGUCACUUAGUCCGAGCUUACCUAGUCUGAGUCCGCACUGCGGGCCACCAAGUAACAUCGAUUCAACGCCAGGUUCGCCGUGGUCAACGUCUAACAGCGAACGAAUCAUUCCCGUGGCUACAGAGAUUGAGGUUGUCAAGCCCUACAUUGAGAUUUUGCAAAAAAAACCUCCAUCAUUUAUAACGCCACUAAGAGACAUCGCAGUUGUGAGCGGGCAAACGGCACGUUUUGAAUGCAUCGUUCAAGCUGAGCCACAGCCAAACGUGAUGUGGUCUAAGGACGGCAGGGUUAUUGAAAAUUCUUACAAUGUCGAAGUUUACUACAGAAAUGGCGUUUGUCGUCUUACUUUGACUCGAACUACCCCUGACGACGCUGGCACGUACGCCUGUACAGCGACGAACCACCUGGGCUCGGCCGUGACAUCAGCGACCUUGCAGGUGCCAGGUAACAGACGCUCGCUAUACGGGGUUAAUUAAAACAAAUUAAAUAAGCACGUCAAUUACUGAGAAGAAGUAUCAGAGGGUUCAGGUGCGAAAAUCCAAAGACAUGAUGGUAGUGGUGGUGGUAAUACUUGAGAAGAAUUAACGAAAUGAUACAAAACAAAUGAACGAAUGAGAAAUAUUUGCAAGAUACGCAAAGUAUAGACAUUAAUAUUGUAGUUUUACGACAAAGCGCUUGUAAUUUUUUUUUUCUUAAUUUUUUUUUUCUCUCUCUCUCUUUUUUUUUUUUUUUAUUAAUUUUUGGUGAUAGAGGCUAAAUAAAACUAUUAAACAAAAGAUGCUUGAUUAAUGUAAAUCGGAUGCUUUGAAGAAAAACGUGAGGUGAUAUUUAAAGCUUUAUAACUGGAUAUAUAAGAUUAUUGGUUGGUUGAUAAAAUCAUGUACUAAUUUGUGUCACAUGAACAUGUGUAAUGUGAACUCGCCGGAGUGUACAUCAAGUGCCAAGACCAUUUCCGCCUGAGCAUUUCCAUAAACAAUAUAUAAGUAACAAAUUUCUCCCUUUUUUUUGCCAAACUAGGCGUGAAAUGUUUUUUCUUCUUCUAGUCACAGGCACCAUUAAUGUAACGAUAUAUCAAAGAAUUUGUCACAAUGAGAUAAAGUAUAGUUGUUGGAAAUAUAAAUUUUAUGAUUAAAAAGUAAUAAAAUGUUUACUUCAAAAGUAUGUUGAUUCUUUAAACUCGUUGCAACUUUAGUUAACCGAUAAUUCUUUUCACCACAGUCAGUCUAGUCAUUUAAAAUAGUUUUUAACAUUUCACGAUCGCAUUCUUUGAUGUCGGGGCAAAAAAAUCCUUCUCUCAUUUCAUCCGUAAAUUAUUGCCUCAUGAAUCAGUCGUGCUUACGCGAAAUUUUAUUUUCGUUAUUUCCCGCGUUAUUUUGGAACACGCUGUCACAGAAUAUGCUCGCAGUGGCUUUCUCAUUCGCAGACUUUAUUAUUAGAAUUCAGUGCAUCACUUAGCACGUUAUUCGCUCGCCGAGCUUUCACUUUAACGUCGUGGAAUAUCAAGUUUUUUUCCAGAGCUUGAAGAAUUUUUUGGUUCCACUUCGAUAACAGGUGACAGAAAAUAGAUGUUUUAACACAACUUAAAAUUUUAGGCUACCUAUACUAAGUAAUAUCUUGAGAAAAUUCAAUGAAGCAUAUUGUUGUUGCAUAGCUUUAUGGAUUUUUAGAAAAAUUGUGUUAUAUUGUAUUUCGAUUGGAUUACUUAUAAUAUUUGCACGUACGACAAGUUUUUAAUGUAAAAGACAGUCAAGUUUGAGGAUGAAAUAGUUUUUAAUGUGAUGAAUGAAGAGAAUGCUAAAAAAUUUAUAUGUUGUUUCAUCGAUGUUGUAAUCGUCGCAAACCAGAGAAAAUAAAAACUGUUGUUUUUCAACUUUACAAGAUUACGGCUAUGUAAAUAAAUGUGUGCUUUCUCUGCGA